ACAGGUGGUCAGUCAUUCUUCAGCCGAAAGGACUCCAUCCGAACCAUCUACACAUCUCUGCAUAAUGAGCUGAAGAAGGUGGUGGCGACGGGUCGCAAUGCACUAGGAGGAACAGCUCCUCACUUGGAAGAGCUGCUUUCUCACCUGUCUGAACAGCUCUGUUUUUUUGUUCAGGCUCGGAUGGAAAUUGCUGACUUCUAUGAAAAAAUGUACACGCUCAGCACCCAAAAGUUCAUUAAUUCUGAGGAACUGGUAAACAUUUUGGAAUCCAUCUUAAAGAAAUACAGCUCAAGAUUUCAUCAUCCAAUCCUCAGUCCUCUCGAAAGCAGUUUUCAGCUGGAAGUAGAUGUGCUUGCACAUCUCUUAAAGGCUCAGGCUCAGAUCUCAGAGUGGAAGUUCCUUCCAUCCCUGGUCAACUUGCACAGCGCUCACACAAAACUACAGACUUGGGGCCAAAUUUUUGAGAAGCAGCGAGAGACCAAGAAACAUCUGUUUGGAGGGCAGUCGCAGAAGGCUGUACAACCUCCGCACCUUUUCCUCUGGCUGAUGAAGCUCAAAAACAUUCUCCUUGCCAAGUUUAGCUUUUACUUUCACGAGGCCCUUAGUCGCCAGACAACAGCAUCCGAAAUGAAGACUUUGACUGCUAAAACAAAUCCCGAUUACUUCGGGAAAAUUUCCAGCUUUAUCCGGAAGUACGAUGCCGUCAAUGUUUCCUUAAUUUUUGACAAUCGUGGCUCCGAGAGUUUUCAGGGACAUGGUUAUCAUCAUCCCCAUUCAUACAGGGAAGCCCCCAAAGGAGUGGAUCAGUACCCUGCCGUGGUGUCUCUGCCCAGCGACAGGCCAGUGAUGCACUGGCCCAAUGUAAUCAUGAUUAUGACUGACAGAACCUCUGACCUCAACAGUUUGGAGAAGGUUGUUCACUUCUAUGAUGACAAAGUCCAAAGCACGUACUUUCUGACUCGCCCUGAACCUCACUUUACCAUUGUAGUUAUUUUUGAGUCCAAGAAGUCGGAAAGGGAUUAUCAUUUUAUUUCUUUUCUCAAUGAAAUUUCACAUUCCCUUAAGAACUCCAAAGCUUUUGCGAGCUUGAAGCCUGGAUCCAAAGGGUAAAAUGCAAACCACUUACAAGGAGGCAAGGCAGUCUGCUAGCCUUGGGGGAGCUGAGGCUUUCAAGGGUUACAUAAAUUCGUGAUUCUUAGAGUCUGAUUAAAAAGGAACCAUUAUUUUUAAUGUUGCAAGUUCCUUUUUUUUUAAGCUAACACUUUAGAAAAGUAUUUUUGGGCAGUACUCAGUGGGACAACUUAGUUGUGGGGUUUUAAUGGCCACCGUAGGAUUUUUGGUGUGGUUUUCAAUUUUCAGUAUGAUUUAUUUUUUCAGUC